ACCAGCCAGGCAGCACAUCACAGCGGGAGGAGCUGUCCCAGGUGGCCCAGCUCAGCAAUGGCAAUGGGGGUCCCCAGAGUCAUUCUGCUCUGCCUCUUUGGGGCUGCGCUCUGCCUGACAGGGUCCCAAGCCCUGCAGUGCUACAGCUUUGAACACACCUACUUUGGCCCCUUUGACCUCAGGGCCAUGAAGCUGCCCAGCAUCUCCUGUCCUCAUGAGUGCUUUGAGGCUAUCCUGUCUCUGGACACUGGGUAUCGCGCGCCGGUGACCCUGGUGCGGAAGGGCUGCUGGACCGGGCCUCCUGCGGGCCAGACGCAAUCGAACCCGGACGCGCUGCCGCCAGACUACUCGGUGGUGCGCGGCUGCACAACUGACAAAUGCAACGCCCACCUCAUGACUCAUGACGCCCUCCCCAACCUGAGCCAAGCACCCGACCCACCGACGCUCAGCGGCGCCGAGUGCUACGCCUGUAUCGGGGUCCACCAGGAUGACUGCGCUAUCGGCAGGUCCCGACGGGUCCAGUGUCACCAGGACCAGACCGCCUGCUUCCAGGGCAAUGGCAGAAUGACAGUCGGCAAUUUCUCAGUCCCUGUGUACAUCAGAACCUGCCACCGGCCCUCCUGCACCACCGAGGGCACCACCAGCCCCUGGACAGCCAUCGACCUCCAGGGCUCCUGCUGUGAGGGGCACCUCUGCAACGGGAAAUCCAUGACCCAGCCCUUCACCAGUGCUUCAGCCACCACCCCUCCGCGAGCACUACAGGUCCUGGCCCUGCUCCUCCCAGUCCUCCUGCUGGUGGGGCUCUCAGCAUAGACCGCCCCUCCAGAAUGCUGGGGACAGGGUUCACACACCUCAUUCUUGCUGCUUCAGCCCCUAUCACGUAGCUCACUGGAAAAUGAUGUUAAAAUAAGAAUUGCACUCCUGUCCCUCUGGCCUUCCAUCUCUCCCUCCCUUGUGCCCCACAACCUGGUCAACAGGACUGGAAGAAACUGGACACAGUCACCAGCAUCCCAGCGGAGGGCAAAAACAGCCACGUCCUGCCCUGAUGAAGAGCAAUUCUGAUCACAGCUGUUACUCACUGAGCACCAGCCAGGCACCAGGCACCCUGUAACACGGCUUCCUGUGCUCUCCCUUCAGAGCCUGUCGCAGCUCUAGGAGGGAGCUAUACAAUGAUGUCUUUAUUAGUGUCAUCAUGAGAGGCCCAAUAAGCAGUAUGCCCUAACAGUUAGUAGGCCAGGCUCUGGAGCUAAGCUGCAUGGGUUCAAAUCCCAGCUCCAGCAUUCAGCCUGCAGAGACCAUGGGCGAGUUACUUAAGCCAGACUCUGGAGCCGAGCUGCAUGGUUUCAAAUCCCAGCUCCACCAUUCAGCCUGCAGAGACCAUGAGUGAGUUACUUGAGCUCUCUGUGCCAAUAUUUUCUCACCUAUAAGGUAGAGGUGAAAAUAAACUCUAUAACGAUGACAAGAACUGCUUCACAGUAGUUGCAGUGAGGAUUCAACGUGAUGAACAUUUAGUGCUUGGGACACAGCAGUGGCCCAGUAUAAAUGGGCUACUGUCAUAAGCCCUAAGUCACAAGUCAACAAACUGAGAGGCAAAAGCACUUGGUUGAGCUCGUGUAUCUAGUGAGUAGAGAUUCAGGAACCAGAUUCCCAGCCCCAUGAACUGCUAAGCAACCCCACCUCCUAAACACAUGAGUACCGAUUAACUUCACAGAAAAACACACAAGGCAAAGUUCAGCAAGGUGAAAUUCUCCAAGCUGUAAAGAUCAGGGAAGACUUCCUGGAGGAGUUAACCCUUGAACAAAAUCCUAAAGGAUCAAUAGUAGCUGGCAAAAAGAAGCAGGAGGAAGGGCAUUCUAGGUAGAAGAGAGAGCCUGGACAAAGGUCUGAGGGAGGAAGGAACACAGGGUGUGCAGGACACUUUCAUAAGUACAUGAACUUCAUAGAGAUGGGAUCCUUCAGCAUGUUCUCUGUGCACAUGCUUGACCAUGUUCUUUCACACGCUUUUUGCCACUUGAUCUUUCCAGCAACUCAGUGAGGGAAGCAAAAAAGUAAGUUGCAUCCUGCUAUUGUCUGAAUGUUUGUGUCUCCUCAAAAUUCAUCUUUUGAAACCUAAUAACCAAAGUGAUGUUACUGGGAGAUGGGGCUUUGGGAGGUGGUGAGAUCAUGAGGGUGGAGCCCCCAUGAAUAGGAUUAGUGCCGUUAUAAAAGAGGCCCUGGAGAGCUGCCUUACUCCUUCCACCACAUGAGAACACAGCCAGCAGGUGUCUAUAAGGAAGAAAGUGGGUCCUCACAAGCCAUCAAAUCUGCCAGUGCAUUGAUUGUAGACUUCCCAGACUCCAGAGCUAUGAGACAUAAAUUUCUGUUGUGUAUAAGCCAUACAGUCUAUGGUAUUUUGUUACAGCAGUCUCAAGGGACUAAGACAUGUUCCUGUUUUACAGACAAGAUGCCCAAAACACAGUGAGAGAGCAAUUUUCAGAGUAAGUGCAUAGCAAGGGUGGACUCUCGUAUCUUCUCGCUCCAUGUCAGCAAGCAGCCUUGUGGGAAGGGGGGCAAUUCAGAAACCCUCCGCUCCUAUGUUCCUGUAAGGCCAAUGUGACAAGGGCUUCAGGUGUCUUUACACCCUGACAUACAAGGGGAAGCUGGAUGUCUUCAUUCAUCCUUCACAUUUACUGAGCACCUACUAUGUGCAAGGCGCUGUUCCAGUUGCUGGGCAUACAACAGGGAACAAAAGUGGCAAAAAUUCCCACCUUCAAGGAGCUAGCCUUUUUGAUGGGCUAGCAAUCCAAAGCAAACUUUGGAUUUUGUUUGUGUAUUUAUUAGAGACCAGGUCUCGCUCUAUCCCAGGCUGGAGUGCAGUGGCACAAUCAGCUCACCGCGGCCUCAAUCUCCCAGGCUCAAGCAAUCCUCCCACCUCAGCCUCCCUAGUAGCUGGGACUAUAGGUGUGUGCCACCACACCCUGCUAAUUUUUGUAUUUUUUAUAGAGAUGGGGCCCCACUAUGCUGCCCAGGCUAGUCUCAAACUCCUUGGCUCAAGCGAUCCUCCUGCCUCAGUCUCCCAAUGUGCUGAGAUUACAGAUGUGAGUCACCAUGCCCAGCCAGAUUUUGGAUUUUAUUGCAAAUGUGGUCUGAAGUUGGGAUGGCCAGUUUGAUGUGUCAACUUACCUAUGUGACAGUUCCAGUUAUUCAAUCAAACACUAAUCAGUGUGUUGAUGUGAGGGUAUUUCGUAGAUGUGAUUAAAGUCCAUAAUCAGUUGACUUUGAGGAAGGGAGAUUGUUCUAGACAAUUUGGGUGGGCCUGACUCUAUCAGCUGAAAGGCCUUAGGAGCAGAGAUGAGGCUUCUCUGAGGAAGAAAAAAACUGCAACUAUGGACAGCUGCUUCAGCCCAUGCCUGAGAUUCCAGCUUGCUCUUUCUGACCUGCCUAGCCAGGCCACAUAAGCCAAUUCUUUGCAAUAAAUUUUAUAUUAUAGAUCGUC